CUAAUCCCUCCCACAUCUCCGCCUACCGUACCGGUUAUCUCUCUUUUUCUUCUAAUAUUCGCAAAGGGGCUGGGAAAGGAGAGAGAGAAAAAGGAUCCAGAAUUACCAUCAAAGGUUGCCUCGAGUUUUCCUCGCGAGAGAACUUGAACAGGAAAAUACAACUCGGGGAGACACAGCAAAGAAAUAUCAAAAAGAAGAGAAAAACCGAGAGAGAUAUCAUACAAAAAGAGGGGAAGAAAAGAGGAAGGAGAAGAGGGAGAAGAGAACAGAAAAGUACCUGUAUUAAAGUGCAUGUAAUCUAGCUAGCUCUCUCUCUCUCUUUUUGUCUAUUUUUCUCUCUUUCUGGCCCUUGAUCGUUCCAGAGAAAAUCCACGGCCUCGAGAUCUCGCAUCACCACGGUUACGGCUACUCUCACAUUCUCUAUCUGCUUCCAGCACGCCCAACGCCCAAACCCACGCCCCCAGACCAUCCCAUCCACCACGACCGCGCUUUCCAAUCCCAAUCUAACCGCCACCACCUCUCACGCUUGCAUUCAUUCAUUCACCCACCGCCUUUCUCUCCUGUCCCCUCCUCGCUUUCUCUCUCUCGUCUCCGCCAUGUGUCACAGCGUCACGGAUUCAACGCCUAGUUAGUCCAAGAUCUGUAUACACGAUUGACAGGUCCCUAUAUCUGCAAAGCUAUUUCUCUCGUUCCUUCUUGUCUCUCUCGCCCCUCUUGUACUUUUCAUUCGGCCACUGGGGUUAUUGAUUAUUCUUGCUUUCUCACCCCCUCGACAUAACAAUCCGUAGCCGCCCCUUUUCGUUAUUCAAUUUUUUAUCAAGUUUCCUUUCCUUUUCACGAUACACUCUAGGGUUUUCAUUGUACCUGUCAACCGUCACCAACGCUCCUUCUUGAAGAGCGUUGUGAUCCGUCAUGCCGGUUCGAGUACAGCAGCAACCACAGCACUCCGCAUCUAAUAAUUUAACGAAUCCAACGACUACAACCACGACUACAGCUUACUCUCUGCGCCGAGACUCCCCUGCAUCUUCGAAGGGGGACGAUUCAAGUACGAGCUCUAUUUCGCUGGGUGAGAAUGGUUUUCGUUUUUGGGCUUCAGAUUCCACCACCAAGGGAGAAGGCGAUUCUGAUGAUAUCAACGGUGUAGCGGAUGGAAGACAACGCAAGCGUCUUCAAAAAUCUCACCAGGAAACCAACAACCUCCCUCGGUCGAAGCCUUCCUUGCGGGAACCUCGGUCCCCACAGAAGGUCGCGCGUUCUCACCGUAAUGAUCAGAAACCCUUGAUCACGAGAGGUCAGGAUUAUUCGUUGAAAUCGGACAAUGACACCUCUUCUAAACAUACUUCAUCUCCCGCCAAUAGCGUUGCUAGUAACAGCUCCCGCGCAUAUCUCCAACCACCCGGCUCUUCUGAAAGCAACGUGACAACAUUUUAUGCGUUUGGGCAGAGCUCGGAGGGAGCGCACGAAGCUGGCGAGCCGUUUAGCUAUUCCCCAUCUGUGAGUUUGGAGGAUGUUCACCGGGGUAUCAUUGACAAUGAUCAACCAAGCCAAUUUCCUGCACCGGGACGUGGCGGAAAUGGGGGCGAUGCGGGAAGGAGUGUUUACCGUGAUACCGUUCGAGAAGAGGGUCAUCAAAAAAAUUAUGCGGGCUCUUCGGUGAACCAGGCAAACCAGUCGAUUCUCCGAAGGCCCAGUGUCUCCAAGUAUUCAAACAACGCUCAAGCCCAGGACAGCUAUCGGGAUCGGAAUCGAAGACAGAGCAACGCGUCUAACCUGUCAUCUGCAACAUCGUCAUCCACUUAUCGUAGAGCGGCAACAACAAUCGAGCCAGAAAACUCCACCAGAGCUGGACAGCGGAGGAGGCCGGGUGCUCCACCGGUAGGUAGUUCGCUAACCCCACCAAUGCCACAGAAGGAAUACGUUCCCGGGAGCGGCUAUUCUAGGAACUCGGAUGCAAGCUAUAAAGUGCCUGUUUCCUCUAGGAAUACCAAGUCAAAGUCUUUGCAGCCUCCUCCAAAGACUCAACAACCGGGGCAACCACUGAAGCCAUCAUUAACUCCUGAGCAUGCCCGACACUCAUCGAUAGCCUAUCCUCCAAAGUCGCCUAAAUCUCCGAGCGUCAGCAAGCUUGGCACCCCAGGAAAAUCGGGCAUACCGAUGUCGGGAUCCUCUCGUAGGAUAUCUACAAUUCCACAUGCUUCUGGACUAGGCGCCAGAACAGUCAGUCCUACAGAUGCCAGGAGGCUCAAGAGGCUCUCGGUCAUCCAUACACCAACUCCCCCUUCAAUGCCAUUUAACACAGAGUCAGCGAGAUCGACACCAGGCAGUCCUUCAAUGAUUCCGAGACAGAGUGUCACCCCUUCUUCAUCCGCAACUACACCUGAGCCGCAAAGGAAAUCUUAUAGCUCAGGGUUGUCUACUGCCUCCACAAGUACUUCAGCUCGAACCUCUAUAGGCUCGACGUCGUUGCAGCCUAAACUAAGCCAGACAUUCGCAGCCUCUAGGUUACCAAAGCCACCACGAGCUGCUGUGGAGCGGGAGGAGGAGAUACCUCCUGUUCCCCCUUUGCCAAAGAAUUUGGUUUCUCCACCUUUCCUGGACGCCCCCACCAAACCUCAGGUCCCUGAAAAACCCAAAGCUCCGGAGACCCCCCGGAAACUAGUGAGACCGGAGCGGCAGGAAAAGAGAGAGAAGCCAGAGAAGCAGGAAAGGAUUGUAAAGGUAGAUAGAGAGACGAGGAGGAAGCGUGGAAUGACAUUGGGGGGCAUGGGUCUGGGCAGUGCGGUGCAGACGUUAGAGCCCAAGAGUUCGUCUUCAAGCUUGAGAAAAAAGGACCUUGUGCCCUUGCGCCUUCCACCAUUGAACCUUCUACCUCUGAGCACACCUACAAUUGCUCGGGUCAAUGCGCUUGGCCCACAAUCGGAUUCGGAAGAAUUGACGCCACCUCCAAAGAGGAGCAUAAAAACCCCGAGCACUCCAAUGACGGCUUCUAAGGCGGGAUUUUUUGGCAGGAGGGACCGAGACGAAGCGGCCUAUCACCGGAGUACGAGUUCUAUCAAUAAUGCAACCGCGCAACCCAUGGGUGACAGCCCAUCAAGUAUGUCUUUGAGAGCGGGUUCCAGCGCUAGCAGUAGCAUUCCGGUUUCAGCAAGUAGCAGGAUGGGAAGGCAAACGAUUAGUCCAUAUAUCUCUAGUUCUUUGCCCAAGAGUGUUGAGCAUGAGGCCAAGACUGGCGACCACAAGGGCGCAAGGAUCUUAGGAAUGCCACUGUCAAUUUCGCGUGACAGUAAUAAGAGCAGAGCCAGGAAGAGUCAAGACUCAUUAAGGAAUGUGCAAGAAGAUGUUCCGGACACACCUUCUAGUUCUAGUUCGAUCCGAAGGAAGCUAAGCUUGAGCUGGAAGAAGAGCAGUUCUAGCAAGCAUAGCCAUGCUGCAACUGAGCGAGCGGAUGAAUACCAAGCGGCCUCUAAAUACGACAACAUGCCACCGCCCAAGCUACCAGCUUCUGCAACAUGGGCGGGACCUAUGCAUCAGCCACCUAGCCCGGUGAGAGGGCCACACGGUGCAACAGUAGUAGGGGGCCAAGGUAGGAGGAAGAGCUCGAUCGGGAAUGGUAUUCUUGUUGGGCAGCACGACCAUGCCCGCAGUAAUAGCUGGGGAACUGAGGGAACUGGUAAAGAUAAGGGAGUGGAAAAUGUGGAGAAAGCCCAACCUCCUCUACCCCCAGCUAAGAGCUCGGCAGCUAGUUCAAUUCUCAGCCCCAUGUCGAAAAUGUUGGGCAGUAAAAGUUCAUUGGGGCAGCUGCGUAGCAGAAACCAAGUACCAGUCCUCACGGACCCGAACAUGGACCAUGAUGAUAUGAUUGCAGAAGAGGAAAUGAGGCGGAUUGCUAGCAAGCGCAAGAAUUUGGAUGCCAUGGCUCAAGAGUUGGAGGAGUUGAAACGUAGGGCUGUGCCAAAGGACAGAAUGUCUGCGCCGCAGGCCCUUCGGACUAUCGCUCUCAACAUCUAUGAGCGUGGAGAGAUUGUGGAUUUCAAAGAGGUUUAUUUUACAGGAACUCCGGGCGCAAAGAAACAUGUUGGGGAUCUCAAUUCAAGUGCUCUGCCGAACUUUGGAUAUGAUGACGAGCGAGGCGACUAUACUAUCGUGAAGGGAGACCAUCUAGCUUACAGAUACGAGAUUGUCGACAUCCUCGGAAAGGGUAGUUUCGGUCAAGUUGUUAGAUGCGUUGAUCACAAAACAGGAGGACUUGUAGCUAUCAAAAUCAUUCGGAACAAAAAGAGAUUUCAUCAACAGGCCUUAGUCGAAGUCAAUAUCUUGCAGAAGUUGAAGGAAUGGGAUCCUCACGGAAAGCAUAGCCUUAUCAACUUUACGCAAUCUUUCUAUUUCCGUGGACAUCUGUGUAUCUCAACUGAACUACUAGGCAUGAAUCUCUACGAGUUCAUCAAAUCCAAUGACUUCAAAGGGCUCUCCUUACGACUUAUCAGAAGGUUUACCAAGCAAAUGUUGAGUAGCUUGGUCCUCCUCAAAGGGCAUCGUGUUAUUCAUUGUGACUUGAAGCCAGAGAAUAUAUUGCUGGCCCACCCUGCUAAGUCGGAGAUUAAAGUCAUCGAUUUUGGAAGUAGCUGUUUUGAACAUGAGAAAGUGUAUACUUACAUUCAGUCUCGGUUCUAUCGUUCACCGGAAGUCAUUCUCGGUAUGACCUACGGGAUGCCAAUCGACAUGUGGAGCUUGGGUUGCAUUUUGGCGGAACUACUGACAGGGUAUCCUAUCUUUCCCGGAGAGAAUGAACAGGAACAGUUGGCAUGUAUCAUGGAGGUUUUUGGCCCCCCGGAGAAGCAUUUGAUUGAAAAGAGCACAAGAAAGAAGUUGUUCUUCGAUUCGUUUGGCAAACCUCGGAUGAUUGUCUCGUCUAAAGGAAAGCGCCGGCGGCCAAGCUCUAAAACGCUUACUGGCAUUCUUAGGUGCGAUGAUGAGGCCUUCCUAGACUUUAUCGCCAGGUGCCUUCGGUGGGAUCCGGACAAGAGGAUGAAGCCGGAUGAAGCCAUGCAUCACGACUUUAUUACCGGAAGGAAGACCUUGUCGCGUCCCAGAACCGCUGGUCCAUUGUCUAGCGAUCCGCCGAUGAAGCGGCAUCCGGCUCCGCCCGGGCCAUCUACGAGCUAUAGUGCCUCUAUCUCAAGACCGCUCCCGGAUCCACCGGCGAUUUCGACGCAGAAAACAAGACUGGGUCCCAGUUUGGUGGCAACAAGUCAGCAUAGCAGCUCCCAGCGGUCGUCUCCCCUGAAGGGUUAUGGUGCAAUUAAGAGGAAUCCCAGUGGCUCCAGUAUGACUGGUGUGAAGAGGAACUCCAUGGGUGCUACCGUUGGGACAGGGGCCAAUGCAGUGGGUAGCAGUCUCCCAAGAGCUGCAAGAGCUGAACAAGCGCUUCUAUCAGAUUGGUGAAGGACGAUGAAUCGGAUAGUACGAGUACGCAGCAGCGACGAUGAUUUUUAUAUUUCCUUUUAUGUCAUGCAGCGUUCGUUCCCCUCUUCCUAGAUAUUUAAUUAUGACAACGUUGUAAUGACCCUUUCACUCUUCUAUCUACUUAUCCCUCCUCCCCUUUUUUCUUUCCAUUUUUUCAUCACAAAUUCAUUAAGCGGAGUUUUUCUUUUGCCUUAACGGCAGGAUCAAUUUUAUUGUUUUAUAUAAAUAUUCCCUUUUAA